AUUAUCCCUUAUUAUUAUUAUAAAUGAAUCGAGUCUAGUGGGACAGUUGCGCAUAACAGAAUUUACAUUUGCAGAAGGUUUCUUCAAACAUCAUCAACCUCCCACCGCUAUAAAAUACUAUGAAUUGAAAACUCCAAAACCCGAAAUAAUCCCAGAAAAGGGAUUGUUCAAUAUUUAUCUAACAAGAUUCUACCGACCCCAAUCCCAUUCUCUUCCACGAUUCCUAGCCAUGAAGAAGAUCACCACAACCCAUCACGUAAUUCUGCUUUUCUCGGCGAUUUUCACCGUUUCCGGCAUCCAAACGCUCUCAGUUGAAGCAUUGCAAGCGCCGUUUCGCCCCACCGACAUAUUGCCCCUGCUUCCGCGGCAGGUUUCACGGCCUAUUCUGAACGUCCUCAACAACGCCGCCGACCUGCUGCCGUCUUUCGUGGGAGCCGCCACCUCCGACAACGCUUCCGACUUGCAAUGGAGAGGAGCUUGCUUUUACGACUCCACCGCUUGGUUAGAGUUCCACAACAGUAGCGCCACCCGAUUUGGGGGCGGUACUCUUCACAUGAAGUUGAACGAAGCGCAUAGCUGGACAUGUAUGGAUCUCUACGUGUUUGCAACUCCAUUUCGUGUAACAUGGGAUUACUACAUGAUGUCUCGUGAGCAUACUAUCGAAUUCAAAGAGUGGGAAUCCGAAGCUGAAUUUGAAUAUGUUAAAAAUAGGGGGGUUUCGAUUUUUCUGAUGCAAGCAGGAAUGCUAGGAACUCUUCAGGCUCUGUGGGAGGUGUUCCCUUUGUUCACGAAUACUGAAUGGGGUGAAAACUCUAACAUAGCAUUUCUUAAAAAGCACAUGGGUGCUUCCUUUGAGGAACGUCCCCAACCGUGGGUCACCAACAUCACCGUUGAUGAGAUACAAUCCGGUGAUUUCCUUGCAAUAUCCAAAAUUCGAGGGCGAUGGGGUGGUUUUGAGACUUUAGAGAAGUGGGUGACUGGAGCUUAUGCUGGUCACUCAGCUGUGUGCUUAAGAGACUCCGAAGGGAAGCUGUGGGUUGCAGAAUCAGGCCAUGAAAAUGAAAAGGGAGAAGAUGUAAUUGCUAUUUUACCAUGGGAUGAAUGGUGGGAGUUUGAGUUAACAAAGGACGAGUCCAAUCCACACAUAGCAUUGCUCCCUUUGGAUCCUGAAAUCCGGGCCAUGUUUGAUGGAAAUGCUGCAUGGAAGUAUGCUAAAAGCAUGUCGGGGAGACCGUAUGGUUACCAUAACCUGAUAUUUAGCUGGAUCGACACUAUCAGCGAUAACUAUCCAGCACCUCUGGAUGCUCAUCUGGUCGCUUCUGUUAUGACUGUUUGGACCCAAAUGCAGCCUGCCUAUGCUGGUAACAUGUGGAACGAAGCAUUGAACAAACGACUUGGAACUCAGAACUUUAGUCUCGGUGAAGUUCUUGUGGAAGUGGAGAAGCGGGGAUCAUCGUUCGGUGAACUGUUGGCUAUCCCUGAGCAAGAUAAUUGGGUGUAUGCGGAUGGGAAGUCGACAUCGUGCGUGGCUUUUGUGUUUGAGUUGUACAAGGAAGCAGGGCUGUUUGGCAAACUUGCAAGCUCUACUCAGGUCACUGAGUUCACGAUCAAGGAUGCCUACUCUCUCAAGUUCUUCGAAAACAAUGCAAGCCGCCUGCCAACGUGGUGCAACGACGGGGACUCCGUGAAACUUCCCUUCUGCCAAAUUAAAGGGAAAUAUCGGAUGGAACUACCUGGAUACAACACCAUGGAUCCCUAUCCCCAUAUGAAUGAAAGGUGUCCUUCCUUGCCACCUAACUAUUACAGAUCCUCCGGAUGCUGAUGCAUCGUCGUGUUUUCAGCACUACUUUGUGUAGGUUGUGUGUUCAACAACAUUCUGUAUAAUUACUCUCUAUGUAUAUACCAGUGAAUUUACACGAGAAAUAGAAGAGUAAUAUGAAGAUUCAGAAA